AUGGAUGUUGAACAGAACGCUGGAAGAAAAGAUGUUUUAAAGUCGGGACAAGGAGUGAAAGUUUCAGUCGGUGGCUAUGUCAGCGUCGAUCUCGGUCAUGGAAUCAUUGUUGCGACGUCGAAGGAACAGGGCAAGGGAGCUCAACUUGGACCGGCACACACCUCAAGGCGGAACCGCAAGGGAGACAAGACUAAGAAGAAAACGGAGGAGGAGGCGGCGAAUAAGAAGAAGAAGAAGAAGAGAAUCAUCAUGUCUUCCUUCUACGUCCCCACGGGUCAACAGCGAUCUCUCCGUGCCUGCAUGGUCUGCUCAAUCGUCCAGGUGCACAGUAAAUUCAUGCGUGAAGGCUGCCCAAACUGCGACCACAUCCUCGGCUUAGCCGGUAACGGCGAGAAGAUCCAACAAUGCACAUCCCAGGUGUUCGAGGGGCUGAUAACACUGGCGGAUCAGCAGGCGUCGUGGGUGGCGCGCUGGCAGAGGUUGGAAGGGUAUGUGCCUGGCACGUAUGCGGUUAAGGUGACGGGAACGUUGCCGCCAGGUGUCCUAGGUGAUCUGGAAGACUCGGGGAUUCGAUAUAUUCCGAGAGACGGAAGCUCGAUUGACGAGGAAGGUUGA